UCAAAAUGAUCCAGACUUUUAUUUACAUUUUGUUUUUAUUUCCCUUUUGAUCAUUUUGAUAUUUAAAAUUGAGGUAUUUUAGUUAACUUUCAAAUUAUAACUAGGUUGUCCCUGGCCUGCAGCUCUGAAGUCCGGCUAGUGAGGAUAGGCUUUGUAAAUUGUAAACUCCUCGCGUUUGUUUCGACUGCUUGGAAAAGGGGGCAGCUGUUUGUGUGUGUUGUGUUUGUUCUAUUGGUGUUGGUGACAGUCUCCUGAAAACAUUCGUUACAAUGAAACUGGCAAACCUUUCGUAAUUGUGCGUCUUAUAGUCCAUGAUAGCACUUAGUUUUUAUUCGUCGCGGGUGAUGUCCCAUUAUGUGGAAUUACGUGUCUGAGAAAACUAUCGGAGUGGCUAUCAGCCACUUAGACGGAGCUUCUAUACCUCACGGAUUGACGUUGCAGCUGGGCGACCUAGUGGAAAUCACCCAGAUAUGUGAAGAUUGGUACCUGGGCGUGAAUCUGCGCACCCCUAGCCUGCAGGGAAUUUUCCCGUGUUCCUACGUUCAAGUACGACCUACAUCUGAUCAGGAAAGGUGUUGGCAUUACGACGAUCCAGUAGUCGAAGAAGCCACUAACGUGUUGCGAGAAUGGGGCGUUAUCUGGAACCGAUCGUUCGUGAGACGUCAGAGAGAGCAAUGCACGAUGCUCCGAUCGGCCAUUUUAGACCUGAUGGACUGGCGUCUUCAGCUGAUGACCGGCACCUUCACGCUGGAUCAUCUCCGCGAUUUGCGGCUACGCAUCACAUCUCAUAUUGACUCUGGCAACAGGAAACUCGGACUCGACUUGGUGCCGCGGAUCGACGAACGCAUCGUCGGACCCGAUACCCUUGGAGUGUAUCAACUCUACAACGUGCAUGUGACCAGUGCCGAAAAGAACCGCAGUGCUACGUGGAAUUCCACUCUGCCGGCCAGAGGUGGCAAGAAUGCGGAAUCGCGUCCGGCAACUCAUCACUUGUACCUGUCGAUGCGUCACUUUGGCUGCUCGCUCGGCGAAGAUGCCGAAGUGUAUUUCGUCCUGUACGACAUGCAACAUUCGCGCUACGUGAGCGAAAAGUUUCUAGUCAAGGUUCUUAAAGAGGGAUUCUCCAGCUACAUCGGCAAAGCCAACAACAGCGCCACGCUCUUUACGGAACUGGGCAGCGCCGAUUUGAAAAAGGAUUUAUAUCUGGUGGUCCAAGUCGUCCGACUCGGCCGGCUGCUUUACACCGAGUCGUCGAAAAAACCGCUCAAUCAGACGUACCGACGUCCUCACGCCGUCGCCGUCUUGCCUCUGGCCGAGUUGCUGGCCGACGCCAACGGCCUCGGCGCCGAAGACGAAGAAGAGCGUGAAUAUCCCCUGAAAUUGUAUCAAAGCGACGAGAAGGAUUACGGUCUGUGGCAACACGAAUUGGUAGCCAAGAAAUCCACCAGUAAAUUCAGCCUCCUUUCCGGACAAAUUUCUCAAGGUGUGGUGGUUUCCCUGCGACUGUUGCGUGGCGAAUUGGCCGCCUUGCGUCACGAGUACAUCCACCUGUUGAAAAACAUAGCUUUGACUCAGAAGCUGGGCUUUCCCGACGUCAUCAUGCCCGGUGACGUCAGGAACGAUUUGUACUUUGUAAUCGAACGAGGCGAGUUCGAACGUGGAGGAAAGUCGUCGAGUAAAAACGUCGAGGUUACCGUUCAAGUUUUAGACGAGUUUGGCAGGCCCAUCCAGAACUGCUUGUACGGAGCGUCGAACGUGGACGGAGUAACCCAGCACCAUUCGGUCGUCCUCUACCACAUGAACGGCCCUGUGUGGUACGAAAUGAUUAAAGUCUUGUUGUCCAUCGAAAAGUAUUACGGCGCCCAUUUGCGGCUCGAGUAUCGGCACUGCAGCACCAAAGAUAAGACGGAGAAGAGACUGAUCGGUUUCUCGUUCAUCCCGUUGAUGGACCGCGAUGGAACCGUCCUACCGGAUGGGCAACACCAACUGUUGGUUUACAAAGUGGAAGACUCUGCCCGCUUGAAAGAUCCGUCCGUCUCCUAUCUGCAGUUGCCCUACUCGGCGAAGCAGGUGCAGUCGGUCGCCGUUCAGGCCACGUCAUCCAUCGCCUCAUCGUCGCCGUCCUGUGCGUCGUUUCAGCGUAACGGCCGUGAGUCGGUCACGGUGGCUUUCUACCUUUGUUCCACCAAACUCACUCAAAACGCCAAUUUGCUGUCGUUGCUCAAAUGGAAAUCUCACCCGGAACGCAUUACCGAUACGCUCAACCUCGUCAUGCGUUUGAGAGGGGAGGAGCUAGUCAAGUUUCUCCAGGACGUGCUGGAUUCGCUCUUUGUCAUGUUCUCCGACGCCGAGGGAAAUGCAACCCCGCAUUCGGGCUUGGUCUUUGAAGUUCUGGUGAAUAUUCUGAGUUUGCUGGACGACAGUAAAUUCCAGCAUUUCAAGUCGGUGGUGGAUGCCUACAUUACCGAUCAUUUUUCGGCCGCUUUGGCCUACAAGGGUUUGCUGAGUUGCGUCCAGCAGUGCACCGACCGCGUUCAUUCCAGCAGCGAUUGCAAACACGAACCCAUUCAGCAGUGCUUCCGCGCUUUUGAGAUCCUCUUCAAAUUGGUCAUCCAGUCGCGCCGGCUCUACGCAAGGGCCAUGCUGGAAAAUCAGAAAGAGGACGAUUUCCGCCAGUUCCUUCAGUCCCUCUUUGCCACUUUCAACAAAGUCGCUUCGCUCUGCAGCGACGGGCUUGUCAAUACUCAAGUUGUCUUGCUGCGCAAUAUUUACACGGUGGUGGAACAGCUGAGCCAAAUUCUGAGUCAAGCGGAGGCAGCCAAAUUAUUGUCGUCGUUGAUUGACAGCCUUCCGAAAGAGCCCCAUCCGCUGAUAGCCACAGCCAGGAUGCAGCUCGUUCUCACCACCGUCAGAGGGCCACUGUUCACGGAAUCGUCAGCCGCUCGUGCCAUUUUACUGGCCACAAUCUGCCGCCAGCUGCGGCUCCAUUUGUCGCAGCCGUUGGUCACGUCGUUUUGCACGGAGACGCUGGGCCACAUGAUGAACUUCUAUCGAAACAUGAGCAUGGCCGACGACACGACAGAGGACAAUGUUUGGUACCGCGACGUGGAAACAAUCGCCUUAGCCACGUUGGCCGUUCUCAUCCAAGCCGUGCAAUCAGCGCAGAAAACGGAUUCCAAUGUGGGCCCACUGGUCGCUUGCUUGCUCAGCGUGUUGGAACUGCUUGAUCAGGGCCAUUACGAUCGCCUCUGGUCUGAAUUAUCGGAGCGCAAGCCGCUCAAGGAUUUUCUGUUGCAACUUUUCGCUGUGCUGCGGACGCUGGCCCGUCAAGGCGAGCACGUCUUCCCGUUCGAAUGGUCGACCAUGCAUUGCGUUGUCAACCGGGUCAUGCUUUCAGCCUUGGAUCAGAUGACGCAACCGCUGGUGGCCUAUUUUCUCGAUUGCGGAUGGUUUGACAGUCAGCUGUGGAGCAAUUAUUUUGACCUGGCCGUCUCGUUUUUGACGCAGCCCAGCUUGCAGCUGGAAAAGCGUACAGCCGGCCAACGAUUGAAAAUGGUCCGAGCUCAGGGCGGUGAUAUGCGAGUUCAAAUGGGAUUCCAAAUCCUUACCAUGUGGAAUGCUAUCGGUGAUUACAAGAUUCACUUUAUACCGUCGAUGGUUGGCCCGUUUCUGCAAGUUACCCUGGUACCAGAACCGACUUUACGCCGGGCUACUCUGCCCAUUUUCUUCGACAUGCUCGACUGCGAGCAUCGACACCGCGGCAAUUUCAAACAGGUCGAAUCAGAACUGAUUGAUAAAUUGGACGUCCUGGUGGGAGAGAAUAAGGGCGACGACAAUUACAAGGAACUUUUCAAUACCAUACUGCUGGAAAAGGUCAAAUCGUGCGACGUGACGUGGCAGAAACACGGCAAGGCAUUUAUCGGUUCCAUUACGCGGCUAUUGGAACGAUUGCUGGACUAUCGCAACGUCAUGGAAGGAGAAGAGAAUCGGGACAAACGAAUGAGCUGCACCUUUAAUCUAUUGAAUUUCUACAAAGACGAGGUUGAUCGCCGUGACAUGUAUCUGCGGUACAUCUACAAGUUGCACGACCUCCACUUGUCUGCCGACAAUUACACCGAAGCGGCCCUUACACUCCAGUUGCACGCCAGCCAAAUGGGCUGGUCCAGUCAGAUGAUGCCCGCCGACGGUCAUCACUCAUCGCAAAUGGAAUGGCAACGCAAAGAGCAACUGUACAUGAAAAGCAUCGCGUAUUUCGACCGCGGCAAAUGUUGGGAAAAAGGGAUCCCACUGUGCAAAGAGCUGGCAGAUUUCUACGAAACGCGGCUGUACGACUAUGGGAAGCUAUCACACAUCCUGCGGAUGCAGGCAGGUUUUUACGACCACAUCCUGACGCAGCUGAGACCCGAACCCGAGUACUUUCGCGUUGGCUUCUACGGCCAAGGGUUUCCGCUCUUCUUGCGAAAUCGCCUGUUCGUCUAUCGCGGCCUCGAAUACGAGCGCAUUGGUGCAUUCACUCAGAGACUCCAGACCGAGUUCCCCACUGCGCACAUAUUGACGAAGAACACGCCACCAGGUGACGCCAUUCUGACCUCCGAGGGCCAGCACAUUCAGAUCUGCAACGUGAAACCCGUGGCUGAGGAUCACCCCGUCUUUGACGCUGGACUCGUUGGGUUUCACGAGAAGAUACGCAGCUAUUACCGCGUCAACGACGUCCGUCGUUUUCAGUUGGACCGGCCCGUCCAUAAAGGACCCGUCGAUCGAGACAACGAGUUCAAGAGCCUUUGGAUUGAACGCACUUGGCUCGUCAGCGAGCACCCGUUACCGGGAAUUUUGCGAUGGUUUCAAGUGGUCGAUCGCCACGUCGAAGAAAUCGCUCCGGUUCAGUACGCGUGCGAGACCGUCAUGUCGGUCAAUCGCGAACUGCAGCAGUUGGCCUCGUUGCACGCGGCUGAACCCCGCCGCAACAUCAACCCGUUCAGCAUGCGGCUUCAAGGCGUGAUCGACGCCUGCGUCAUGGGCGGAAUCGCCAAGUACCAAGGCUUUUUCAAUUCCGAUUUCCUAGUCAGCCAUCCGACCCAUCUGGAACACGUCCUCCAGUUGCGCCAGUGUAUCGUCGAACAGGUGCGCAUCCUCGAAGCAGGUCUUACCCUUCACGGCAAACUGGCACCGCCGGAAGUCCAGCCACUCCACAAGAGGCUGGUCGAUUGCUUAGCGCAAAUGAAACAGCGUUUGAAAGAGUGGGGGUUUCCUUCACCGGAUACGGGCGCCCGCUACGCCAACAGUCAAACGCCGGCAGCUUUGGGCCAUCAUCACCGACGAGCCGAUAGCGACGCCGGAAUCGAGUACAGCCCCGCAAAGUUAAACAGCAGCAAUGCGUUGCUCAAUGCGUCAUUGUCGAUGGCUUCCGACCGAGUUAGAGCGCAGCGAUCUUUAAUGGCUGGCGGCGGCCCGCCGAGCAAUCGAUCCUCAAGCUCCAGCAGCAGUUUGUACGGCCAUCUAACAGUCGGCGAAGUGGGCAGCGAGGACGAGGAAGAUCUGUAUUGCAAGCCAUCAGAAAUCCUGGAGAAAUUGCAAGCGGCCAACACGGCCGCGUCUGUGCCACUUCAGCCUGUUCAUUCAACGAAUUCGACGACGCCGAGGUCAGCCGGCAGCGUCGCCACUGUUAGCCGAGCCAAAUCUCCGCGCUGGGCCAAUGAGUACAUAUUCUUCAGUCCAGCUUCGUUGCGAGAUUCCGGUUUCGGUACGGAUCGCGAUUCUUUGGCCUCCAAUAACCCCGUCCAUUCGUUGACGAUAACUAGGACGCCGCUGAGCAGCAAACUUCCUCCGACUAGCCUCACGCAGCAAUCUCGCCACACCCAUUCAUCGCCGAACGUACACGACACUGUCGAUUCGACUUUGAGCCGAACUCCGCCCCGUCAGAUCGCGCCACCUCUGCCUCCCAGAUCGUCGAAAUCGUCGUUCGACGAGUCGUUCAUGGGCGGCGAUUCUGCGUCUCCGCCUCCCAUCCAUCCGAAGAGAGUGCCAAAAAAAGGCCAGCCAGGAAUCCCGUCGUCACUUGUCAUGUCCCCAGAAGCGGGGGAAUCCGGUACGAUGCGGCAUCAUCGGCCACCUCCUGCCCCACCUCUGCCUCCUAAAUCUGGGUACACGGCGUCUCCGAUGUCGCCCACACCAGGAACAUUGGGCCUUCCGGUGACGGCUCCCCCGCCAGUACCCCCGCACGGUCGUCCAGCGAUAAACAACAGCACGUCAUUUUCAAAUCCGCUGGAUCUCGGAAGUGGAAGUGGCAGCCUGGUCGACGAAGUCUGUAGCUUGUUGGCAGCUUCCGGCUGCCGGAUGAUGUCCAAUGGCAGCAAUAAAAGCCCUAGUCCUCCCGCAUCAACCCCGCCACCUCUCCCAGUCCUUCCACCCCCUGACGAAUCACUCUACUCUGUAGAAACUGCUUGAAUGGUUUGCAGGCCGUGUGAGGUCGAUGCACCGUGCCGUGGUGUUAACAGGACGGAAUCUGCCGCACCAUCCCUCCCCCGACGUCUAUCCAAAGAAGAAAUUUCCUGCGUUGUGUAGAUCUUGUGUUUACCUUUAGGUUAUUAGCAUUAUUUUCAAAAUGACUAUACUCAUAUCAUAUAUUCCUUGACGUUCCGUAUCGGACCUUACGUCCUUUUUAGGUUCCAACGUGCGUAGUGCUGUGUCUAAUUAUUAUGCCCUAUCGAGUAUUAUUAAGGAAGAAUGUAAGUUCCUGUCCUUGUGUGUUGACAUAUCACAAUAUCUGAGUGUAGUCUUCCAUUUCUAUAUUCUCGGCAGUUACUUGAACAUCUGCAGAGUCAACGACUGAAGAGUUUCCUCAAAUAGCAUUCGCGUAUUUUUCUUGUAUUGUGGCGAAUUGGAUUUCGACAAAUCUGCAUGAACGAUAGACAACAAAGUCGGAUAUUUCAUGCAGUUCAAAGUUGAGAUUCAUUUAUAUCGUGACUUGAGAUCCAGUUGCGACUCACGUGUCCUAAACAGCUUAUUAUCAGAAAGAUUUUAUGUAGAUGUGCAUUUAGAAAUGUAGCUAAAUAAUUAAAAUAAACAAUGACAGCAAAUCUU